UCCGGCUUGACGAGUGUGACAACGCUGAACGUAAUGAUCAAACAAUCUAAUUUGAUUCUUUGACUUGAAGAGUAUUUUAAUUUCCACAAUUAGAUCGAUUCAAAUAUGAAAUUAUGAUGAGCUGCUCAGUAUUAUAUUAUCUUUUGUUAUUCUUCUGCAUCAUCACAUAUAUAAAAGCAGAUUCAGCAAGAUAUUACUACGAUUACGAAUGUAACGAGCCUCUUGUAGAAGGUGCUAAACUUAGUGCUACUUCAAGUUUACGGGAGAGAGGACCAGAGAAUGCUAAGUUGUAUGGCUCAUCAGCAUGGACCGCGAUGGAGAGCUCCUACUACCAGCACCUGACGGUGAACUUGCACACGCGUAAGGACCUCCGUGCGGUCGCUACUAGAGGGCGCUUCGCCACCGACGAGUAUGUCACAGAGUACAUGAUACAGUACUCGGACGAUGGGGAGAGUUGGCGGUCUGUGUCCAGUGCUGAUGGGUACACGCAGAUGUUCGGAGGUAAUCACGAUGGCAACACGGUGGUGAAGAAUGAGUUCGAAGUGCCGAUCAUCGCUCAGUACAUCCGCAUUAACCCAAUGAGGUGGCGGGACAAGAUAUCCAUGAGAGUCGAAGUUUACGGAUGCGAUUACGUCGCGGAUACCCUAUACUUCAACGGAACGUCGUUGGUGAAGGUGGAUUUACUCCGUGACCCGAUAUCAGCGUCUCGUGAGGCGAUCCGGUUCCGGUUCAAGACGACUGUCGCGUCCGGAGCGUUGAUGUACUCGCGCGGGACUCAGGGAGACUACAUCGCAUUGCAGCUGAGGGACAAUCGUCUUGUACUUAACAUUGACCUUGGAUCCGGCACGUUAACAUCGCUGUCGGUGGGCAGUCUGCUGGACGACAACAUCUGGCACGACGUGGUCAUCUCGCGGAAGAGACGAGACAUCGUGUUCUCCGUGGACCGCGUCGUGGUCCGAGGGCAGAUCAAAGGAGAGUUCUCCAGGCUGAAUCUAAAUAGAGCUUUAUAUAUCGGUGGAGUCCCUAACUUCCAAGAGGGUAUGGUCGUGACGCAGAAUUUCACGGGAUGCGUCGAGAACAUGUAUCUGAAUAAUACUAAUGUUAUCCAAGAUCUCAAGCAAGGUUAUGAAUCUGGUGAAGCGUUUAAAUUCCAGAAAGUGAAUACGUUAUACAGUUGCCCGGAGCCGCCCGUGGUGCCCAUCACGUUCCUGAAGGAGGGCUCGUACGCCAAGCUGCGCGGGUACUCCGGCGGUAACACUCUCAACAUCUCGCUGGAGUUCCGUACCUACGAGCACCACGGACUGCUCAUUUAUCACAAGUUUAAGACGGACGGAUAUGUCAAGGUAUUCCUAGAGGAGGGCAAGGUGAAGGUCGAAUUGUUCACGAAAGGCUCGACGAAGGUGAAACUGGACAACUACGCCGAGGAGUUUAAUGAUGGUCGUUGGCAUUCGCUGCUGCUGACCAUGGGGGCUGAUAGCCUCGUGCUAGCGGUGGACUACCGGCCCGUUAAAACUACAAAGCUGCUCAAGUUUUUCACCGGAAGCACUUACUAUAUCGCGGGUGGCAAGGCACCUCCGCGAGGGUUCGUCGGCUGCAUGCGUAAGAUCGCGGUGGACGGCAACUACAGGCUGCCCACCGACUGGAAGAAGGAGGAGUACUGCUGUCCCAACGAGCUCGUGUUCGACGCCUGCCACAUGAUCGACAGAUGCAACCCCAACCCGUGCGAGCACGGCGGCGUGUGCACGCAGAGCGCCGACGAGUUCACGUGCGACUGCGCCGACACCGGCUACGCGGGCGCCGUCUGCCACUCGCCCGUGCACCCGGUGUCGUGCGGCGCGUACGGGCGCGCGGGCGCGGGCGCGGGCGCGGCGGGGCGCGCCGUGCUGCUGGACGUGGACGGCUCGGGCCCGCUGGCGCCCUUCCCCGCCACCUGCCACUUCUACUCCGACCGCAUCGUGACGGCGGUGCACCACUCGUCCACGCAGAGCACGCAGAUCGACGGCUACCAGGAGGCCGGCUCCUUCCGCCAGGACAUCACGUACGACGCGUCGCGCGCGCAGCUCGAGGCGCUGCUCAACCGCAGCCUGUCGUGCAGCCAGCGCCUCGAGUACUUCUGCAAGCACUCGCGCCUGCUCAACUCGCCCAGCACGGAGGCCGAUUUCCACCCGUUCGCGUGGUGGGUGUCGCGCAGCGGGCAGCGCAUGGACUACUGGGCGGGCGCGCAGCCCGGCAGCCGCAUGUGCCAGUGCGGCGUGCUGGGCACGUGCCUCGACCCCACCAAGUGGUGCAACUGCGACGCCGAGCACGGCCCGCUCGCCCGCGACGAAUUCCAAGUGGACGGCGGCGACAUAACGGAGAAGGAGUUCUUGCCGGUGAAGCAGCUGCGGUUCGGCGACACGGGCAGCCAUCUCGACGAGAAGGAGGGUCGGUACACGCUCGGGCCGCUGCUCUGCGAGGGCGACGAUCUCUUCAGCAACGCAAUAACAUUCCGCAUAUCCGACUCUGUGAUCUUGUUACCGACAUUUGAUCUCGGCCACAGUGGUGAUAUCUACUUCGAGUUCCGUACUACUCAGGAGAAUGCUGUCCUUUUACAUUCUAAGGGUCCACAAGACUACAUCAAACUUUCGAUCAUCGGCGGCGAUCAGUUGCAGUUCCAGUUCCAGGUCGGCGACACUCCCCUGGGCGUCUCCGUGGACACAAGCAAGCGUCUCUCCGAUAACAACUGGCACUCGGUCUCCAUCGAAAGGAAUAGGAAGGAGGCGCGCGUGGUGGUGGACGGCGCGCUGAAGAACGAGAUCCGCACGGCCAAGGAGCCCGUGCGCGCGCUGCAGCUCAGCACGGCGCUGGCGCUGGGCGCCGCGCUCGACCGCCAGGACGGCUUCGUGGGCUGCGUGCGCGCGCUGCUGCUCAACGGCCGCGCCGCCGACCUGCGCGCGCUCGCCCGGCGCGGCGCGUACGGCGUGUCGCCGGGCUGCGUGGGCAAGUGCGAGUCGUCGCCGUGCCUCAACAACGGCACGUGUCUGGAGCGCUACGACUCGUACUCGUGCGACUGUCGCUGGACCGCCUUCAAGGGACCCAUAUGUGCCGACGAAAUUGGUGUCAACCUCCGUCCAAACUCUAUGGUGAAAUACGACUUCCUUGGCUCUUGGCGAUCUACCAUUAAUGAGAAAAUUCGCGUUGGUUUUACUACCACCAACCCUAAGGGUUUCUUGCUGGGAUUCUAUUCUAACAUUUCUGGGGAGUACCUAACUCUAAUGGUGUCUAACUCUGGUCACCUUCGCGUCGUCUUCGACUUCGGCUUUGAGAGGCAGGAGAUAAUUUUCCAAGGGAAGCAUUUCGGUCUCGGACAGUACCACGACGUGCGACUCUCGCGAAAGGAUAGCGGAGCCACUAUGGUGUUGCAGGUGGACAACUACGAGACGCAAGAGUACCACUUCAACAUCCGCGAGUCCGCCGACGCGCAGUUCAACAACAUCCAGUACAUGUACAUGGGCCGCAACGAGUCCAUGAGCGAGGGCUUCGUGGGCUGCGUCAGUCGCGUGGAGUUCGACGACAUCUACCCGCUCAAGCUGCUGUUCCAGCAGGACCCGCCGCCCAACGUGCGCUCCAUCGGAGGUGUGCUGCAUGAGGACUUCUGUGGAGUGGAACCCGUGACGCACCCGCCCGAGAUUGCGGAGACGCGCCCGCCGCCCCCCUCAGAUCUCGCCUCCGACCUUGACUACCAUCGCACCGACGAGGCUAUACUUGGCACGGUUCUCGCGUUUAUUUUCCUGCUACUGAUCGUCGUGGCGAUAGUGCUCGUGCGGGCUCUCUCCAGACACAAGGGAGAAUAUCUCACACAGGAGGAGCGCGGCGCGGACGGCGCGGCGGACCCCGACGCGGCCGCGCUGGCCGCCGCCACGGGCCCGCGCGUCACCAAGCGCCGCGAGUUCUUCAUCUAGCGCCGCACGCCCCGCACCGCCCCGCCCCGCCCCGCCGCCUGCCGCCUGCUUAUCUCUUAUCGCCACUUCUUGACUUAGUGUGCGUCCGCAGUGACGAUCGAGCUGGUGUAGCGCUAACCUGGUAGCAGACGCGGACACCGACACCCGCGCAUUAGGUCGCCUGUUGCCUACGCCCAUAGUGCGGCCCUAACGCGCGAAGCGUUUUAAAACCAUGCGCUCUUACACGCCCAGGCCCAUCGCUACACUGUGGAUGCUAACGGCGGUUUCAUAUGUUCAAUACUUCGGGUUCGCCGUCGCAACCGCGCUAGGCCGUCAAUGUGGACGUCGACUUAAGUCUACACUAUGCAGUUCCCCCACAUGACUCUAUUUCAAUUGAUGCUUCGAUAUCUAUGAAAUCAUUCCAUCUAUUUAACCGUUUGACUAUAAUAUAUUAUUAUACCCGCUACAAUCGAUUCUAUAUACAUUUCGAAAACCUACUUUUGUCCUAAUGACACAAAAUCGUGGUCGAGAAGUUGUGCACAUGAUAUAAUAUAUUAUAUAAAUAUCCAAUAUUGCCUUCACCCAUAUAAUAUCAAUAUAUAGAAUUAUAAAUUAAUUAAUAUGAAAAUCCAAACUUCGUCUCCCUGUGAUGGACAGAAUCCAUAGCUUUAUGUCAAUAAAAAUAUAUUAUGCUUUAAAUUCCUAUAUAUCAAGUAAAAAACCCAUACUCUUUUAUACUUACUUUACACAUACUGCUUGCUAAUGCUGACAAAGUAGUAUAAAAAAAGAAUAAAACUUUUUUUUGGAUUUUUCAAUCGAAUAUAGCUCUUAAAGUCUCUCCCAUAAGGUGCCAUUUGGCUACUUUUAUAAAUCUUUUUAUGAAUCUCAUCUUAAUUAUUCGAUAUCUAAAUACUGUCACGCUUUUCACUAUCCUUUGAACGAAUUGACAUUGACAAGUUAGGUAUAAGAAAACUACACGCACUUUAUAAGCACAUCAAGAUUGGCGAUAAAAUGAUAUAUAUUUUUAAUAAUAGUGCGUACUUCCAUGUAUUACAUUUCGAAAUCUAUUUUUAAAAAAUAAAAUUAUUUUACUUUAAUAUGAAAUCAAUUUUAUAUUUUCGAUUACAGUUUAUUUUUUUUAUUAUGAUUUUUCAGUAAAAUAUUCCAUUGACUGAUUUUUUAAUUUACUUUUUAUUUUAGUCUGAUUAUAUUCGUAUUCGUAUAUGCUCGUGUUUAUAUAUAAUAUGCUUUCUAUAGGUAUAUAAAUGAUCAAUUAUAUUCACGAUUGAUGAGCAUUAUGUGAUAUGUAUAUAUAUAUCACAAUAAUUAGUUGCGUAUAUACUGUUUGAAAAACCUUUUUACAAUAAAUUAAGGUACAUAAAACUAACAUCAAAAUAAAUACUUUCGGAGAUAAGCGCUAUGUAUUAUACCAAUAAAAUUUAUUGUUACAUACAUAACUAUAAAUUAAGAUUCGUUAAUAAUAACUUUUCGCUAGAUUGAAAAAAGUCGAGAUGGCCCAGUGGUAAGAACGCGUGAAUCCUAACCGAUGAACGUGGGUUCAAACCCGGGCAAGCACCUCUGAAUUUUCAUGUGCUUAAUUUCUGUUUAUAAUUCAUCUCGUGCUUUUCGGUGAAGGAAAACAUCGUGAGGAAACCUGCAUGUGUCUAAUUUCAUCGAAAUUCUGCCACAUGUGUAUUCCACCAACCCGCAUUGGAGCAGCGUGGUGGAAUAAGCUCCAAACCUUCUCCUCAAAAGGGAGAGGAGGCCUUAGCCCAGCAGUGGGACAUUUACAGGCUGUUAUUACUACUAUUACUACUAGAUUGAAAACCAAAAAGUGAGUUACUUAUGAGGUAUCUUUGUUUAUAGUCUAUGUAAGUAUUAAUAAUACACAUACUAUUUUAUAUAAUAUAUGUAUAUAAUGGUCCUGAUUUUAUUGUACAUAAUCUCUACCGUUAUUUUUCAAUUUACUUAUUUGAACCCGCACAAGAUAAAGAACAAGCAAGUACUUAUUGAUCUCCCAUAGUGGUGAUGGUAUUAUGAAAGGCUGUAAAUGCUGGGCUAAAAUCUCUUUUCAUUUAGAGAAGAACUGGACUGCUUAUCUCAUCAUGCUAAUGAGGGUGAAUGCACAUGUGGCAGAUUUUCAUUUGACACAUGCAGGUUUACUUACAAUAUUUUUCUUUACUACCAGUAUGAGAUGAAUUAUAAAACAAAUUAAAAUUAAUUUGUCAUCUCAGCCGUUUUUUUCUGAGGAUUACAAAAAGUCCAAUUAAAGUAUAAAAAAAUUUGAAUCGGCUAGCAAAGAUAACGUCUCAGGUUCGAUCCAAUACCUCUUGAAUAUUGUCCCCACUCCUAACACAAGCUGUACACUUAAUUGGAGGGGUUAAUAGCGAUAUUAGUAAUACCUUAUUUUUGCUAUUAUAUAUUUUUUUAAUUUAAGAGAUUGUGUAUAGCAGAAUCAACCAUGCCAUAUAACAUAUGCCGCACUCAUAACACCCUGACAACUGCAUAUCAUGGAUUCCCAUAUAGGUCAUAGAAUGAUUACAAUUGCUUUACUUUAAUUUGUAAAAUAUGAAAUAUUUUUUUAUAAUAUGUGAAUUUUCAUCCAAUUGAAAUGUAAUACAAAUUAGUUGUAAGUUCUAGUAUAAGCUUCAUUUAAGCAGAAUCUCAUUUUGUCCUGUUUUUUUUUUUAAUUAUUAUUAUUUUGAGCUUUUUGUUUUCCGUCCAAAUGUGUAAUUUUUUUAUGUAUAUUUGACUAUGUUCAUUCGAUAUAAUAGUUUGUAUUUUGAUUCUCGAUUUAGAUGUUAGUUAAGUAGGAAUUUAUUUUAUUGUAUCUGUGGCACAGCUAGAAUUAUGUAAAAAAAAAUAAACUAGUUUAUUUUAUUAGAUUGGACCUAGAUUUCUUUUAAGGAUAAUCCUUAUGUAAAUGUAAUUUUUAGGCCUUAUAAACGUUGUUGAACAGGCACUUGAUUAACACGAUUGCUCUCUUUUUGUCAUCAUUGAUUUGGCAUUGGAAAGAAGAAGACACAACAUUGUUUAAGCAAUCACCCUUAACAAAGUUUAUAGGUUAGUCAAGUUUUAUAUAUCAAAUAAAAUUUGUUGUCUUUAGUUGACCAAAUAAGUAUUUUCAUAUAAAUAUGGCGGGAGAACUCGUAUGGUAACGCUUUUGAUAUCGUAAAGAUUAAAGUGCCACAGAUUAAACACGUACGUACUAAAUAAAAUAUAUCGCUUAUAAACAUCACAUAAAAACGAAUUAAGUUUAUUAUUUAACUUAUAUGGGUAUAUUUUAUGUAUGACGUACGUGUCGGUCCAUAGUUUGGUCACGUGCCUUAUAUCGACGGCACGGAACACGUAGUGCGUUGAGUAGAGUUUUUUAUUUUACUACAACUGAGAUCACGAAAUAAAUUUUUCAAAAUAA